GACAGAGCCAGGCCGCCAAAUUAAACUUGACCAUUUCCUCUCUCUCUUUCUCUCUAACUCCGGGUCCCUCUCUCUUACUCUCUCUAUUCUCUCCAUCCUUGCUUCUGGGAAGCUCAUCAGCCAUGGACGAUGCCGCUGCAGAGGAAGAAGCUUCCAUUCGCGCACAAAAAAGCUAGGUGCUUCGGCUUCCUUUCGCGCCCAAUUGGAGGCGAGACACACCCCGAAAUAAAAAAAAGAUGAGAAUUCGAUGCGACAAACAAGCUCAAAUGCUUGGUCGGUGUCCUUUUGAAGGUUCGAGACCAGCCAUGUCCUCGGCGCCCUGCUGGCCUCCUCGCCGUUGCUGGCGCGCGCCUGGGACCGCUGCACAGCCGCCUCCGCUGCAGCGCCGUGGUUCGUUCACGGCGAAGACGGCGGCAAGGUGUACGUGGGGUUCUCUGGGGUGCAGGCUGCGCUUACGGCGGCAGGCGCGGCGGUGGCCGGCGGCGGCGCCGACAUCUUCGCGCCGGUGAGUCUCGGCGGGGACGCGGCGGGGCGGAUGUUCGCGCCGCUGGUCGCCGCCGAGCCCGACCCGGCCGCUACCGGGGAGCCGGUUGCCGUGCAGGCGCUGGCGCUGCAGUGCUUCCUGAAACUCUGCUGCAGUCCUGAUUUCCAGAUGCUUCUGAAUCAGAUCAGGGGCAAGGCAGUCGUGUUCACGGGCCACUCCCUUGGUGGCGCCGUUGCGGCCCUCACGGCGCUACACUACCUCUGCAUCUCAUCGUCAAGCUCGCCACCUGCUCCUCCUGUCCUGUGCGUCACCUUUGGAAGCCCAUUACUUGGCAACGAGGCGCUGUCCAGGGCCAUCCUGCGUGAGCACUGGGGUGGUAACUUCUGCCACGUAGUCUCACAGCACGAUGUCGUCCCAAGGCUCCUCUUCUGCUCCCCGGACGCCGUACCCGCGCACAUCAUUGUUGGAAUGCAACUGCAGCAAUGGCCGGCGUGGACUCGGCACACAGGAGCUGUGAGCACGGUCACCGCGCACAUGGCGGACACUGACAAAGACGUGCUCCGGCAGCUGAUACAGACGCACGUUGGCGCUGUGGCCGUGGAACAGAAGCUUGCCGCUUCUGAGACGACAGGUGGGAGCCCGUACCGGCCGUUUGGGACGUACGUGCUGUGCUCCCCAGAAGGCGCGGCGUGCGUGGACAACCCGACCGCCGCGGUACAGAUGCUGUACGCCACCUUCGCCUCUCAGAGCUCAGCCGGUGCAGAGUCCCCGGAGGCCGCGCACUCCUGCUACGGCGAGCUCGUGCUGAAAAUGCCGCACCACUUGCUUCUCAAGAGAUGGCUGCGUGUGGACGACGACAUGCCGGCGACGCCCAACUACGACGACGGCGUCUCCCUCGCGUUGGAGGCCUCUGGCAUCGACGUCAUGGUCAGGGCCAUGGAGGCGUCGACGGCGCGGCAUUGGCUGAAAACAUCAAAGCGGGCAGGGCGGCGGCCGAGCCUGAACUGCGCUCGCCUGGCGACGCAGCUGGGCCGGGUCACGCCGUGCCGUGCACAGAUAGAAUGGUACAAGGCGCUGUUCGACGCAGAGAUGGGGUACUACGACGCGUUCAAGCAGCGGCGGUCGCCCAGGAAGUACACCAAGGUGAACUUAAACCGCAUCAAGCUGGGCCAGUUCUGGGACCGAGUGCUGAGCAUGCUCGACGCCGGCCAGCUCCCCCACGAUUUCCACCGCCGCGCCAAGUGGGUCAACGCCUCCCGCUUCUACCAGCUCCUCGUCGAGCCUCUCGACAUUGCCGACUACCAUCGACACGGCCACCACCUGACGAGCGGGAGCUACAUGACUCACGGCCGGGAGAGGAGGUACGAGCUGUUCGACAGGUGGUGGCAUGAGAAGGGAUGCACUGGCGCUGGCGGUGGCAUCACGUCCUCCAUGUCGGCAGCGUCGGCGAGCAGCCGGAGACGCAGCAAAUACGCCGGGCUAACGCAGGACCCGUGCUUCUGGGCGAGAGUGGAGGAGGCGAGGGAGCAGACGGAGAGCGCACGCCGCGAGCGCGACGUGGCCGAACUGGCGAUGAAGCUGGAGGAGCUGCAAGAGUUCGAGCGCUACUCCCGUGAGCUGGUGGCGACCAAGGAGGUGUCCGUCGACGUGCUCGCGCCGCAGUCGAGCUACACGCUGUGGGUGGAGGAUUGGAACCAGCUCAAGCUCAGGGCUCAGGGAUGAUGUGAGGACAAUGUUGCUUCGGUUUUGAGCUGGGCUGCAAACAGAUGAUGAAUUCGUAGGUAGCUGGUGGGCGUUCUACAAAUAGUUCAGGUGUAAAUGAAUCAUUGGAUCAUGGUGCUAGUAUAUGUGAUGGUAAAUAUAUCCAAACCUAUAGAAGCGCUGCAGUGGAUUACAGUAUUGUUGUGGUUCUCGUCGAAAUUCUGAAAAAACGAUAAUAUGACAAUACCAAUUAGUUUUAAAAUC